GGGUAUAAACUAGCCACGCUUCGGCCAUGUGUGCGGAUACGAAACACAGGCUGAUUCAUGACUUGAUGGCUCAGUAGAUCUGCUGUGGGAUGUAAUCACACAUACACACAAAAGGAAUGCUUACAGUUGGGAAGCAGGCACUGCUGGUCUGGGUCUCAGAGGUCCCCUCACUCAACUCGCCAUUUUUCCUUCAAUUACAGGAUCCGAACAGUGACCAACCCCUGAACAGCCACGACAUCACUGCCUUUCGCAAGCCCCGCAGGCCCCUGGAGACCUUCAAAAAGGUGGGGAUCCCCAUCAUCGCAGUGCUGCUGAGCCUGUUGGCCAUCGUGAUUGCAGCCUUCCUCAUCAAGGUGGCUCUGGAUAAACACUACUUCAUCUGUGGAAGUCCCCUGACCUUCAUUCCGAGGGGGCAGGUGUGUGAUGGCCACCUUGACUGUGCCUCGGGGGAGGAUGAGGAACACUGUGUCACGAACUUCCCUGAGGAGCCUGGAGUGGCAGUCCGCCUCUCCAAGGACCGAUCAACCCUGCAGGUGCUGGAUGUGGCCACAGGGACCUGGGCCUCUGCCUGUUUCGACACCUUCACAGAAGCACUAGCUGAGACGGCCUGCAGACAGAUGGGCUAUGACAGCCGACCCACUUUCAGAGCCGUGGAGAUUGGCCCAGACCAGAAUCUCACUGUAGCUCAAGUCACAGGAAACAGCCAGGAGCUUCAGGUGAAGAACGUCAGCGGGCCCUGCCUUUCCCUGGUUUCCCUGAGCUGCCUUGAAUGUGGAAAGAGCCUGAAGACUCCUCGCGUGGUGGGCGGGGUGGAGGCCUCUGUGGAUUCCUGGCCGUGGCAGGUCAGCAUCCAGUACGACAGGCAGCAUGUCUGUGGUGGGAGCAUCCUGGAUCCCAGCUGGAUCCUCACAGCAGCUCACUGCUUCAGGAAGUAUCUUGAUGUGACCAACUGGAAGGUGAGGGUCGGCUCAAACAAACUGAGCCACUUCCCAUCCUUGCCCGUGGCCAAGAUCUUCGUCACCGAGCACAAUGCCCUGCACCCCAAAGAGAAGGACAUCGCCCUUGUCAAGCUGCAGUCGCCGCUCACAUUCUCAGACACUGUCAGGCCCAUCUGCCUGCCCUUCUAUGAUGAAGAGCUCAUCCCAGCCACACCACUCUGGGUCAUUGGCUGGGGCUUUACAGAGCAAAAUGGAGGGGAGAUGUCUGACGUACUGCUGCAGGCGUCAGUCCAGGUCAUUGACAGCACACGGUGCAACGCAGAGGAUGCCUACCAGGGGGAAGUCACCGAGGAGAUGCUGUGUGCAGGUGUCCCACAAGGUGGCGUGGACACCUGCCAGGGUGACAGUGGCGGGCCUUUGAUGUACCACUCUAACCAGUGGCAAGUAGUAGGCAUCGUGAGCUGGGGCCAUGGCUGUGGGAGCCCCAGUACCCCUGGAGUAUACACCAAGGUCAAUGCCUAUCUCAACUGGGUCUACAAUGUGCGGAAGUCUGAGAUGUAACACUGCUGUCCGCCACAUCUAAAAGCUCCUUCCCUUCAGACCUGCCCACUGCCUGACUCCUCAUAAGUCAGACACAGGGCAAGAGCCUCCUUGACCACGACUGCUAUUUCCUGCAGCGACCGAGGACCCAGACACACAUUGCAGAGUGCCCAGAAGGAAGUAGGGUGCGCUAGCUCAGCCACCCAUGUUUCUCCCACACCCCAGGGAGACAUGUAUUCCACUGAGGGAAGCCAGACCAUCGAUUCAGUUCUCAGAUGUAUUAUUCAGCCAAGGAGGCUCUCCCUUCCACUGAAGGAGUGGAAGUCGGCUCUCGCCUGAGAGUCCAGAUCGCUAAGGGCUGAGUCAAGGAGAAAGGGAUAUGAAUGGCCUUUGUCUUCUUUGCCCAUUCCUAAAACCACUGCGGUAGGAAACCGGUCAGUUCUAACGUGAGCUGUACAGAUAUAAGAUGGGUUGACAAUGUGAGAGGGAUUGGUCCAAGUUACUGUGCUGCUGUGUUACUGUUACUUCUGACCACUGUGGUCGCCAUCAUUAA